AUGACAGCCCUUGGCAGGUAUGUCUGUGGCAAAUCUGGCCUCGGGGGAUAUCACACCCCUCGCCAUGCUAUUCAGCUGGUCUCACCGCCAUCAUUUGACCUUCCCGCACCCCCACACCCCCACACUCGUGGACAACAAAGCUUUGUUUUGAUCAUGAUCAUGGAGAUCAGGCACCUGGAGUUCAUACUCUUGCCUAAGAACCAACAGCACCCCCACAAGGGUCCGAAGCGCAAUCUUGUGGACGGGGAGCGUUUUAAUAGCAUUUUCUUUUGA